CUCUGUGUGCGCAUCAGAUUCAGAAACUGAAAACGGAAAAAGGACGGAGGUUUUUUCUCUCCUCAAAAUUGCAUCAAAAAUGGAGUUUCCCAAAUGAAAAAGCGAUACUGUCCCCACAACAACUACCUUGCUUAUCCACACUCAACCGUAUAGUAUCCUGUGUCCCUUUUCUCUUAAAUCAGUUUGGCUCUGUGCAAGCGCUUCUUCUUCGCCACCUGCAAUUGAUUCCUCGCUGUAUGAACGGCAUUUGAAUUAUCACACUUUGUUGAAGAAGGUAGAUUAGGGCCUUCGACAUGGAUUUGUCUUCGUUCCUGACGUCGCUGGUGACGUCGUUUGUGAUUUUCGUGGUGCUUAUGCUUCUAUUCGCGUGCUUGUCGGCUAGACCUGGGAAUAAUGUGGUGUACUAUCCUAACCGGAUCCUCAAGGGUUUGGAUCCCGUGGAAAGCGGGUCCAGGAUCCGGAAUCCCUUGUCUUGGAUCUCGGAGGCGUUGUCGUCGACGGAGAAGGAGGUGAUCGCCAUGUCUGGCGUCGAUACUGCCGUCUACUUCGUGUUCUUGAGCACUGUGUUGGGUAUCCUGGUAUUAUCCGGCAUUAUACUGCUUCCAGUUCUUCUGCCGGUUGCUAUUACUGAUAAUGGAGCCAUGUCUAAUUCAAAUACUGCUAGCAAUGGGACGAUCAACGAACUUGACAAGUUAUCUAUGGGAAAUAUCACAGUAAAGAGUCCCAGGUUGUGGGCAUUUUUUAUUGCCACCUACUGGGUCUCUUUUGUUUCACUGUACCUCUUGUGGAAGUCCUACAAACAUGUAUCAUGCCUGCGAUCUGAAGCUCUUAGGUCUCCUGAAGUGAAACCUGAACAAUUUGCUGUAGUUGUGAGAGACAUACCUACUCCAUCUGAUGGUCAGACUAGGAAAGAGCAGGUUGACUCAUAUUUUAAAACCAUCUAUCCUGAGACAUAUUACAGAUCCAUAAUUGUCACCGACAACAAAGAGGUAAACAAGAUUUGGGAGGAGUUAGAAGGGUAUAAGAAGAAGCUAGCACGUGCUGAAGCUGUAUAUGAAGCGUCGAAAACAACGUCCAAACCAGAAGGAACAAGGCCAACUAACAAGACUGGUUUCCUUGGUCUUCUUGGUGAAAAGGUGGAUACAAUAGAAUAUUGCAAUGAGAAGAUAAAUGAAUUAGCUGCUAAAUUGGAAUCUGAACAAAAGGUCACUCUCAAAGAAAAAACAACAAAUGCUGCUCUGGUUUUCUUCACAGAUAGAGUAGCUGCAGCAUCUGCAGCUCAGAGUUUACACGCACAAAUGGUCGACACAUGGACAGUGUUUGAUGCUCCUGAGCCACGACAACUUAUAUGGUCGAAUCUGCACAUUAAGUUUUUCGAAAGAGAGCUUAGGCAGUAUGUGGUGUAUAUUAUUGUUGCGCUAACUAUAUUCUUCUUCAUGAUUCCGAUUACAUUUAUAUCUGCGUUCACAACUCUGAAGAAUUUGAUGAAAUUUCUACCAUUCAUAAAGCCACUUGUGCGUAUAACCGUUCUGAAGACAGUGUUGGAAGCUUACCUCCCUCAAAUUGCAUUGCUUGUCUUCUUAGCUAUAUUGCCCAAGCUCCUCUUGUUUCUAUCUAAACUAGAGGGCAUUCCAACCGAAAGUCAUGCAGUCAGAGCUGCUUCUGGGAAAUAUUUCUAUUUUACUGUGCUCAAUGUUUUCAUCGGAGUUACUGUGGGUGGUACCUUGUUCAACACAUUCAAGACCAUUCAGAAGAACCCGAACCAAAUUGUGUCCUUGCUUGCUAAUAAGCUCCCUGGCAAUGCUACGUUCUUUCUGACCUUUGUGGCUCUCAAGUUUUUCGUUGGCUAUGGGCUUGAACUUUCCCGCAUAGUUCCUCUUAUUAUAUACCAUUUAAAGAGGAAGUUCCUUUGUAAGACUGAAGCGGAGUUGAAAGAAGCUUGGUUUCCUGGAGAUCUUGGUUAUGGGACUAGGGUUCCUGGAGACAUGCUGAUUGUUACAAUUAUCCUCUGCUACUCCGUUAUUGCGCCUUUAAUAAUCCCAUUUGGAGUUCUUUAUUUUGGUCUAGGAUGGCUUAUACUUCGAAAUCAGGCACUGAAAGUGUAUGUUCCAUCAUAUGAAAGUUAUGGAAGAAUGUGGCCCCACAUUAACAACCGUGUGCUAGCAUCUUUAAUAUUAUUCCAAGUUACCAUGGUUGGUUACUUCGGGGUGCAGAGAUUCGUUUACGCACCAUUGCUAAUUCCUCUUCCUAUCUCAUCCAUAGUGUUCGGUUUUGUCUGUGCAAAGAAAUUCUACCCCGCAUUUCAGCAUCCUGCACUUGAGGUGGCAGCUCAUAGUCUGAAGGAGCAUCCCAACUUUGAGCAGAUUUUCAGAUCAUUUAUUCCACCAAGCUUGAGCUCUGACAAAGUUGACGAUGAGGACUUUGAAGAUGCUUUGUCAAGAUCAACAUCGUUUGUCUGAUGUGUGCGUAAUUAACUAAUUAUGUGAAUUACAAAUUACUUUCACUCAGCAAUUAUAGUGUUGUGGUGAAUAGUGAUGUUUUUCAUUGUGUAUUCUAUUGAUUAAAUGAUUAUUUGUUGAUAAAUAGGCAUUAGGGACAAAGUUUGUUUAUUGUUUGUGUAUCUUGUAAUGUUACAUUUAUGAUCAUGUAAGAUGGGUGGCUUGAAAAUAUUGUUAGUGUCAACAUUCUGAA